AUGGGCGUUCAGGAGAAGGCAGAAGCAGAGCAUGGCAUUUGCAGAUCAGGAGUUUCAGAACAGGCUUACGAUGGAGUUGAGCCAGAGGAGCGUAAUACAAGAAAAGGAGAUGUUGAUACUGAAAUUUGGGAGAUUUGCUGUGAUUUUCAGUGUGGACAAGGUCCUGACUUAUCUACCCACAUUGCUCGAGCCAGCUUCCAAGUUGAUGCUUUUGGAUCAUCUUUCAUCCUAGAUGUGACGCUAAACCAUGACCUGCUGUCUUCUGAAUAUCUUGAGAGGCAUAUCGAGCAAGGUGGGAAGACAGUGGAAGUUAAAGGAGGAGAACAUUGCUAUUAUCAGGGAGAAAUUCGAGGAAAUCCUGUAUCGUUUGUUGCCUUGUCAACAUGCCAUGGAUUACAUGGGAUGUUCUAUGAUGGAAAUCAUACUUACCUAAUUGAGCCAGAUGAAAACUACACUUCAGAUGAUGACUUCCAUUUCCACUCUGUUUACAAAUCCAAGUUGUUUGAGUUUCCUUCAGAUGACCUGGCAUCUGAGUUCUGGCAAAUGAAUGCUACAUCACAGAAUUUUGUUGUAAAGCCAAGAUACAGAAGAAGUAAAAGGCAGGUUCGUCGGAUUCCACGUAAAGUUGAAGAGGAAACAAAAUACAUUGAGUUGAUGAUUGUAAAUGAUCAUCUAAUGUGUAAAAAGCACCGCUUGUCAGUCGGACAUACAAACAGCUAUGCUAAAUCGGUUGUGAACAUGGCAGAUUUAAUAUAUAAGGAACAACUUAACACCAGGAUAGUAUUGGUUGCCAUGGAAACCUGGGCUACUGAUAACAAGUUCACCAUAUCUGAAAACCCCUUGGUGACCCUACGUGAGUUUAUGAAAUAUAGGAGGGAUUUUAUCAGAGAGAAAAGUGACGCAGUUCACCUUUUUUCGGGGAGUCGAUUUCAGAGCAGUCGAAGUGGUGUAGCCCACACUGGUGGAAUCUGCUCCUUGCUUAAAGGUGGAGGUGUGAAUGAGUUUGGAAAGCCAGACUUAAUGGCAGUUACCCUGGCUCAGACCUUGGCCCAAAACAUUGGCAUUUUCUCAGACAGAAGAAAAACUAUAAGUGGUGAGUGUAAGUGUGAGGACACGUGGUCUGGAUGCAUAAUGGGAGACAUGGGGUAUUAUCUUCCAAGCAAGUUCUCCAAGUGUGAUAUUGAAGAGUAUCAUGAAUUUUUAAACAAUGGAGGUGGAGCCUGCCUUUUCAAUAAACCAACCAAACUUCUGGAUCCUCCAGAAUGUGGCAAUGGCUUUGUGGAAGAUGGAGAAGAGUGUGACUGUGGGACAAUAGCGGAGUGUGCCAGUGAAGGAGGAGAGUGCUGCAAUACUUGCACCCUAACGGCAGGCUCCCAGUGCAGCAAUGGGCUUUGCUGUCGGAAGUGCCGGUUUGAACCUAAAGGAGUUUUGUGCCGAGAAGCAGUGAAUGACUGUGAUAUUGCAGAGAACUGCACAGGAAAUUCCAGUCAGUGUUCUCCCAAUAUUCAUAAAAUGGAUGGAUAUUCAUGUGAUAACCAGCAGGGUAUUUGUUUUGGAGGAAGAUGUAAAACCAGGGACCGGCAGUGUAAAUAUAUCUGGGGUGAAAAAGUGACAGCUGCUGACAAGUACUGCUAUGAGAAGCUGAAUAUUGAAGGGACUGAGAAAGGAAACUGUGGAAGAGACAAGGACUCUUGGAUACAGUGCAAUAAACAGGAUGUGCUUUGUGGAUACCUUCUGUGCUCCAAUAUAUCCAGUGUGCCCAGACUUGGAGAGCUUGAUGGUGAAAUUACUUCGUCGAUCCUGCAGUUUGGAAAAGUCUACAAUUGCAGUGGUGGCCAUGUGAAGCUUGAUGAGGAGACGGACCUGGGCUAUGUGGAGAACGGGACACCAUGCGGGCCAAACAUGGUGUGCCUUGAGCAUCGCUGCCUCCCCACCAAGGCCUUCAACUUCAGUACCUGCCCAGGCACCACAGACAGCCAAAUUUGUUCAGGACACGGUGUUUGUAGCAAUGAAAUAAAGUGUGUCUGUGACCGAUUCUGGGGAGGAGAAGACUGCAGUUCUCGUAUCAAAGAUGAUCUAUAUUUUGAUAAAGAUGCUAUCAAUAAAGGUGUUGUUAGCACAAAUAUAAUAAUAGGGGCUAUUGCUGGCACCAUUUUAGUGUUGGCUCUCGUUUUAGGAAUAACUGGUUGGGGUUACAAAAACUACAGAAGGCAGAGACAAAUACCCCAGGGAGAUUAUGUAAAAAAGCCUGGAGAGGCCGACUCUUUUUAUAGCGACAUGCCUCCUGGAGUCAGCACAAACUCUGCAUCUAGUUCUAAGAAGAGGUCUGCUUUUCUGUCGCAUUUUCAGAUUUCUACCUGUUCCAUCACCCAUUAUUCCAUUAGUCAGAACAUUUCAUUGUUUUGCAGCAGGUCAAAUGGAUUAUCUCAUUCCUGGAGUGAAAGGAUCCCAGACACAAAACAUAUUUCAGACAUUUGUGAAAAUGGGAGGCCUAGGAGUAAUUCUUGGCAAGGUAAUAUAGGAGGAAACAGAAAGAAAGUCAGAGGCAAAAGAUUUAGGCCACGGUCUAAUUCAACUGAGACACUGUCUCCUGCAAAGUCUCCAUCUUCGUCCACUGGAUCUAUUGCUUCCAGCAGAAAAUACCCUUACCCAAUGCCACCUCUCCCUGACGAGGAGAAAAAAGCCAACAGGCAAAGUGCCAGGCUAUGGGAGACGUCCAUUUAGCUGCACUGUUCUGGGGUGACAUCAGAACUGUUUACUUCGAAUUUUAUAGAAACUCAGCAUCACUGAGUCAUUGCACAUUCAUCUGCUCUUCAGUCAAUUCGAAAGAUCAACAGAGAUGCCUGUGAUCACAGUGAGAACCUCCUCUCAUCUGGAAGGGAAAAAAGCCGCUUUUUAAUUUUUAUUUCUUUCCUUUUUGUUGACUGGUAUUUUAUGGAUUUGGUGAACAACCAAAAUCAGAACAAUUAACAGGGGAUAAUAGCCCAGAUGUGACAAGGCUAUUCCGCAGGAUGACAGAUCCGCUUACCUAGAAUGCCAACUGCAGUCUGUGUGCCAGCCCUGCCUAAGAGAGACUUUUCUCUGGUUUAUUUCAGUCCUGAGUCAGACCACGGUGGAGCCAGGAACCUCCUGGAGAGCCCAGCCGAUGUAAACUUGUACGCUGUAUGCAUGAACCUUGUGUUCUUUACUUUCCACAUGUAAGGGAUAAACAACAUACUGUAGUAGAAAUUAGCAUGCAGGAAUAAGAAAUAAUAGGAUUUUUUUGUGACAGGAUUUCAAGCUUUGAAAGGCAACUAUUUGACGCAAACGUCAAACAAACAAGGAUUAUAUCUUUUUUUUUCUACUUUACAUGUUUAUAAUCUCCGUAUACAGAUUGUAUAUAUGUCAACAUUUGAUAAUGUCAAAAAUAGCUGUUAUAUACAUAAGUGUAUUUUGCCAAAUGCCUAAAGAAAAAGUCAUGACUAACAUCAUCACACUUCAGAUUUUCUAAUAUUACAAGCAGACAUCUUUGGAAAU